AGAGGAAGUCAAUGCUUCCGGAUACCCUAAGCAAGCAAAAAAAUAAUAAUAAUAACUGACUGAGCUGGAGUAGGAAAACAUUCUUCGAACUGCAAGUCCCAGUGUGCUUUGCGUCCCCAAGCAGGGAGUGCAGACUUUGCGCCUGCGCAGCCGGUUUCUUGCGUCCGGAAAGCUGUAGUCCCUGCCUGCAGUUCAGAGACCACGCCGAGGGGACAGCCGCCGCCGCCACCAAGGAGGAAGAGCAAGGGAAGGAUGUGGGUUUUUGGUUACGGGUCCCUCAUCUGGAAGGUGGACUUCCCCUAUCAGGACAAGGUGGUUGGAUAUAUCUCAGGCUACAGCAGGCGCUUCUGGCAGGGCAGCAUCGACCACCGCGGGGUUCCCGGCAAGCCCGGAAGAGUUGUGACUCUUGUUGAAGAUCCUGCGGGUUGUGUAUGGGGUGUUGCUUACAGACUGCCAGUAGGAAAGGAAGAAGAAGUAAAAGCAUACCUUGACUUCAGAGAGAAAGGAGGCUACAGGACCACAACAGUCAAUUUUUAUCCAAAAGAUUCCACAACAGAACCAUUCACUGUGUUGCUAUAUAUUGGAACAUGUGAUAAUCCUAAUUAUCUUGGUCCUGCACCUCUGGAAGACAUUGCUGAACAAAUUUUUAAUGCAGCUGGUCCAAGUGGAAAAAAUACAGAAUAUCUUUUUGAACUUGCAAAUUCCAUUAGAAGCCUUGUGCCAGAAGAUGCAGAUGAGCAUCUUUUCUCUUUGGAAAAAUUAGUAAAGGAACGUUUAGAAGGAAAACAGAACUUCAAUUGCUUAAAAAGACCUAACUGACUUUUCCCAACAAGCAGAGCUUUUAGUCCUCAGAGAGCAGCACAAUGGCAUUAUGAUUUGUAAACGUGUUUACUUGAAAAUCUUAGUUGUGUUUAAUGUUGUAGUCAAGAUAUCAUCUAAAUUUAUAGUUUAAUUGCAAGUGGCCUGAAACACAUACAUAUUCAAGAUAUUGGGGUAUAGUUAAAGAAAAAAUUUGUUUCAAUAAUAUAAUGAUUUUCCAGCUAUGUGAUAUUAAAUACUUGCUCAUGAGAAGUGAGUUCUUUAGAAAAAUAUGAUGAAGGACUCAGUUCAGAACUUGUUUUUACCUGAGUAAAUAUAAUUCUGUUAUUUCAUACCACAGUACUAUUUUGAAGUUGUAGAGAAUUAAACCAAAAGACCAGUAAAUAUAAUAAGGUUAUACCUUCAAUAUAUUCCCAUACAUCAACUCUGUAAUCAUGGUUUAAAAUAAAUAAGCUUAAAAUAACAUGUAAUUAGAAACGUAUGGUAAUAUAGAAAAGAUUUGGGCCUUGAAUGUGAAUCUCCUUAUGUAGGUAUUAAAUGAAAUCCUUUCCAAUUUAAGCCAAAAUAUGCAUUUUAAUAUAAAAAUUUCCUUGGAAUUAUAAUGUACUAUACCUCUCCAUUUUUGAAUAAAUGUAUUUUACUACAUGGAAAAAACCCUUUCAGCAAGAAAAGCACAAAUUAUACAAAUCAUGUCUACUAACAAUGUAGUCUAGUCUGUCACUCACUUUGUAUUAAUCUUAUACUGAAACUUAAAAAAAACAAGAUGGGCUAUCUGAUAUUACAAAUUAACAGAAACAUAUAAUGAAAGUUUGCUGUUUGAAAUGGUGUUUAGAAUUGUAAUAUUUUAAAGAAGUGGUAUUACCUGA